UGCGCAAUCGUGGACGUGGCAGUGACGUUACGCACACCGGAAGCGGUAAAGGCUGGAAGUGAAACCCCGACCUCCGAAACAUCGACAAGCCGGGAAUACUGGAAAAAACGACGAAAUGAUACAAUAACCAUGAUGUGCGGAGUCACUGAAGAACAGUCAGCUCUUCCAAGCUCUUAGUGACAUCUGAAGUCUGAAGUGUUUGCUUUUGCCUCAUAAAGACGCCAGCGGAGAGUUUCACAGCAGCCGGAUCGCUUUAGACUCACUGUCAAACAUACACAUCCUGAUAUCGUUGAGGGAAAGAGGUUCUGCAGCAUUAUCAUGACGUGUCGGGACCGAACACUUGAGUUCCAGUCGGCGUGCAAGUCACUGCAGGGGAGACAGUUACAGAAUGGGACUCACACUAAACCUGCCAUUAAUGCUCUUAAACAGCGCAGUGACUUCACUCUUAUGGCCAAGAGAAUUGGGAAAGACUUGAGCAACACAUUUGCCAAGCUUGAAAAGCUUACAAUUUUGGCCAAAAGGAAGUCUUUGUUUGAUGAUAAAGCAGUGGAGAUUGAGGAGCUCACAUACAUCAUUAAACAGGACAUCAACAGUCUGAAUAAGCAGAUAGCGCAGCUGCAAGAUCUCGUACGAUCCCGCAGUGGGCAAAAUGGCCGCCACAUCCAGACACAUUCCAACACUAUUGUUGUCUCCCUGCAGUCCAAGCUGGCAUCAAUGUCAAAUGAUUUCAAGUCAGUCUUGGAAGUGAGAACAGAGAAUCUGAAGCAGCAGCGCAGCAGAAGAGAACAUUUCUCCCAAGCCCCUGUCUCAGCCUCUCCUCUACUCGCCAAUAACUUUAAUAGUUCAGUUCUGAUGCAGGAUGAGUCUAGGAGUCUUGGAGGUGAGGUGGCCAUCGACAUGGACUCUAGAGCAAAUCCUCUCCAGCUGCAGCUCAUCGAUGAACAGGACUCAUAUAUCCAGAGCCGAGCGGAUACCAUGCAGAACAUCGAGAGCACCAUUGUGGAGCUGGGUUCCAUCUUUCAGCAGUUGGCACACAUGGUCAAAGAGCAGGAAGAGACUAUUCAGAGGAUCGACGCCAAUGUGGAGGACACCCAGCUGAACGUGGAAAUGGCCCACACCGAGAUACUGAAAUACUUCCAGUCUGUCUCCUCCAAUCGCUGGCUGAUGAUCAAGAUAUUCCUCGUUCUCAUCAUCUUCUUCAUCAUCUUUGUGGUCUUCCUCGCCUGAGAAGGACUGACCCUGAGCGUAAGGAGGGAUGAAAACGGAGCCAAAGGGUUUGAAGGAGGGAGGAACAGGCGAUGGACUUAUGGGCGAAUGUGCAAAAAACACAAGUGGACUGGGCUGCAGGGGACUCUGGCUCCCGGGGGGAGGGAGGGUUUGGGGGGGGUUCUGAUACUCAUUGGUGGGAUGAAUUUAGUCAGAGUAACUUGAGUCAAAUGUUAAUUCUCUCACUGUCCCACUUCGACUAUGAAGGGAAGUGAAGGAUGAUGGUGAUGCUGAUGAAGGUGGAACUGAGAAUUUACUGUGUAUUUAAACAAAGAGGGAGGGUGUUCUGAUUCACUCUGUUCUCUUUAAGCUUCAUCUACAUCUGCAUUAAUAUUUGAGCCUUCGUUUCUUAUUAAUAACCACAUAUUAAAAGAGAAGGCUUUUCCCAAGUGGUUUGAUUCUCCAAACUGGUUUAGUUUGUUUUUCUCGCACAGUGUUAUCCGUAAUCAGCGAUAACAUUUUUACAGUAAAUUAAUUAUGACCUUAUUCUCCUUACAAAGUACACCUGACAAUAAUAAUUUCCCCUUUAAUCUUUAUUAAUGUGUUUUUAUAUCAAAGACUCAUGGGUGAAUCUCACAAAGAAAUAACAGGGUCUUGUUUUACCCUAAAAAUAAAGGGAAAAUUAUUUAUUAUUAAUAAUAUAAUUAAUUGUAUUUUUUAUAAUUAAUUAUAUUUUUAAAAUAAUUGCAAAAUAGGUGCAAAAAUUAUGUCUAUUUUAGGACCAUUACAGCAGUGUUUUUUCAUGAAAACUAAGCUCGUGUAAUGUGAAAAAAAAAAAAAUUAAAUGAAUAAAAAUAGUAUCAGUUAAAUUCAGUACAACAAACGCUGUUAUAUACUUACCAAUAUACUUAUAAAUGUGCAAAUAAAUGUAUAAAUUGAAUGUUUUUCUUUCACAUUCAUAGAAAUGUGCUUAGUUGUCAUUGAAAUAAUGCCACAAUGAAAAAAAAUACCUUAAUGGUCCUAAAAAAUAGACUACGUUUUUGUUUUUUGGGUGGUGAAAUAUGAGUCUGAUGUUUUCUAAACAUUUUGAUGAGAUUCUUCUAGUGUUAAGGCCUUCCGAUUGCAGGCCCAGUAAAUAUUGGGUCUGUAAUAUUACAUACUGUUUAGAGACUUUCAGUUUCUUUUUUUUUUUUUUUUUUUUUUUUCCUUUUUUUGAGUUUGAUUCUGCCAAAUACACAAGGAGGAGUUAGAGGAAUUUGCCUGGUCUUAUGAUUUUCGUGCAGGAGUAAUUAAGGUGCGAUUGAAGACCAGUGUUUUAUACAGCACUAUAUAGAUUUAAAAGAUCCCAUUGCGGUUUAAAGGGCCCAAAGAGACUCCAGAUGGGUCUAAAGCUAUAAACUCUUCAUUCAUUACAUCGUGUUUCGUUCCAGGCCAGUGCAGAAGUCGUCAUGUUUUUGUUGUUCUGGUAAUGAAACCGAUCGGUACUCUGAGAACUCGCUGGAUGCGUUUUCUUCAUUUGUGAGGAGGAACUUUGGCCUGGUGAACAUAUUGGCCUCCUCCACAAUGAACUGAAGGUCAGCUCUUUCAUGCUGUGAUGCUGUGAAUACUGAAACUGGAGUGGGAGCUGGUAGAGAUUCACUCAGAAGCUGCGUUUUCAAGGUCAAACUCUCUAAAUUGGUAAAUCACAGACUUUCUUUAAAUCUUUCCCACACACGCCACACAAUCUUAAAGCAAACUCAUGAACGAUGUACAGUGUAUUAUUUAAUGAGCACUUUUUAUGAAGACUCCUGUUUUCAGGCUUUUUUUAGCUGAAUGUUCUGCAUCUCUUGUAUGAACUGAACACUGUUGUAAUGUAAGGACAAACAGUACAUAUUAAAACAUCUGAGAAACUGA